GGAGGAGGAGGAGAAGGAGGCGGCGGGGCUACAAAGCGCCAAGCGAGCCGGGGGCCCAACCGCCGCCACGUCUCCUUCCGGAGAGCAGGACAACACCGCCUCCGCUCCCUUGGGCGUCCCGCCACCGCUUCCGGGGCAGGUGGCAGAUCAACAUCCGGGGCCACGAGGCUAUCCGCCUACGGAAGCCGAGACACCACCUGCGCCCCUCCUGGUUCCUUCAACCGCAGCCUGAGGGUGGUGACUGAAAGCGGCGGCUCUCCAGGACCAGACGCCUGGAGACCCCGCCUCGGGCCAGUCUUUUCGGGGUGAAGCGGUGGCAAGACGAGCUGGUGAGUCUUGGAGGAGGCGGCCGCUCCCUCCUGUCAUGCGCCGCUCUCCUGUGGACGGCGGCCUGACCCGCGCUGCUGGGAGAGCCGGAAGAGUGUGAGCUGGGCGGGUGCAGGCCGGUAGGUGAGGAAACGUGAGGUAGAGACUACCCAAAAGAAUGGAUUUUACUGAGGCUUACUCAGACACGUGCUCUGCUGUUGGAUUUGCUGCCAGGGAAGGCAAUGUUAAAAUCUUAAGGAAACUUCUCAAAAAGGGCCGAAGCGUUGAUGUUUCUGAUAACAGGGGAUGGAUGCCAAUUCAUGAAGCAGCUUAUCACAACUCUGUAGAAUGUUUGCAGAUGUUAAUUCAUGCAGAUUCAUCUGAAAACUACAUUAAAUCAAAGACAUUUGAUGGCUUCUGUCCAUUACAUCUUGCUGCAAGUCAAGGACAUUGGAAGAUUGUACAGAUUCUUCUAGAAGCUGGGGAAGAUCCCAAUGUAACUACUUUAGAAAAUAACACACCACUGUUUUUAGCUGUCGAAAAUGGGCAAAUAAAUGUGGUAAGGCUGUUGCUUCGACAUGGAGCAAAUGUUAAUGGAUCCCAUUCUAUGUGUGGAUGGAACUCCUUGCACCAGGCUUCUUUUCAGGGAAAUGCUGAGAUCAUAAAGUUACUUCUAAAAAAAGGUGCAAACAAGGAAUACCAGGAUGACUUUGGAAUCACACCUUUAUUUGUGGCUGCCCAGUAUGGCAAGUUAGAAAGCUUGAGCAUGCUUAUUUCAUCAGGUGCAAACGUCAAUUGUCAAGCCUCUGACAAAGCUACUCCCUUGUUCAUUGCUGCUCAGGAAGGUCACACAAAAUGUGUGGAGCUUUUGCUAUCCAGUGGGGCAGAUCCCGAUCUUUACUGUAAUGAGGACAAUUGGCAGUUACCUAUUCAUGCAGCUGCACAAAUGGGCCACACAAAAAUCUUGGAUUUGUUAAUACCACUUACUAACCGGGCUUGUGACACUGGGCAAGACAAAGUGAGUCCUGUUUACUCAGCAGUGUUUGGAGGACAUGAAGAAUGCCUAGAAAUGUUAUUACAGAAAGGCUACAGCCCAGAUGCCCAGACGUGCCUCAUCUUUGGAUUCAGUUCUCCCAUGUGCAUGGCUUUCCAGAAGGGCUGUGAGUUCUUUGGAAUUGUGAAUAUUCUUUUGAAGUAUGGAGCCCAAUUAAAUGAACUUCAUUUGGCAUACUGCCUAAAAUAUGAGAAGUUUUCAGUAUUUCGCCACUUUUUGAAGAAAGGUUGUGAAUUGACAGCAUGGAGCCAUACAUCUGAAUUUAUAAGUUAUGCAGUUAAAGCACAAGCAAAAUAUAAGGAAUGGUUGCCAUAUCUCCUACUUUCUGGAUUUGACCCACUGACGCUACUAUGCAGUUCUUGGAUUGACUCAGUCAGCGAUGACACCCUUAUCUUCACUUUGGAGUUUACUAAUUGGAAAAGACUUCCUCCAGCUGUCGAAAAGAUGCUUGCCACUCGUGCUACAAACUCCUGGAUUCUUCAGCAACAUAUUGCCUCCAUUCCAUCCCUGACCCAUCUUUGUCGUUUGGAAAUCCGGUCCAGUCUUAAACCAGAACACUUAAAAUCUGACAGUUUUAUCUGUCAGUUGCCACUUCCCAGAAGCCUCCAUAAUUAUUUGCUUUAUGCGGAGGUUCUAAGGAUGAAUGACGUUCCAGAACUGACAGCUCUUCAAGACGGAGAAAUCAGUGAAGCUACUUAACACAGCUCAUUGUGUACUCUGCAAAAUCACUAAGACAAAAGAGCCAUGGUGUACAAAUUAUUCAUAAUUUUAUGGGCACAAAAGAUGAUUUUUAUUUGUGUGGUUGACUAGGUUACAGAAGGCAGUAGUUUAAUGUUUACAUCUGGAUUUCUCAGUUAAAACCUCACUGAUGUUACUUUAUUACAAUUUCAUUUUGGUGCAUUUUAUGUUGUAAUAUGUAUUUACCUGACAUUUUUUUCUUUAUUCUGCAAUGAACUGUGAUGCUGCUUCUAGUACUAAACAUGACAUAUUUCCAUUGAUGACUUCUGUUUUUCUGGCCCUAGGAGCUGAGGGAGAAUGCAUAAAAUGUGACUGGAAGUGUUUUCAACUGUGGUGUCAAAUCUCUUAUUGUUAUUAUAGUUGGGGUUGAACAUCUCUUAUGCUUAUAGAAGAACAAGUCUUCUUACCUUAUCAUAGUCUAUUUUCAUCUCUUAAAUUAUAGUUUAUUCUCACCCCUUAAUUCAGUUACUUUUCUAAGAAAUUGAUAUGCAUUCUAUUUUCACAUGUAAACUCAAGGGAAAUUUAUUUUUUGAAAAAUAUAGAAAACUAAUAAUAUUGCUAGUUCCCUUUCCCCCAGUCUCUAUACUCUGACAAAACAAAACAAAACAAAAUUUAAAAAUACCCCAUUUCUAAUCUGUAAAGACUAGAAUAGACCUAUGAUUUGAGAUCUCUUCAGUUGAAAAAAAAUUAGGUCAGUCUUGAGAUAAACGAGCAUUUUAUCACAUUUAGAAUACUAAUCAUGAGAUGGAGAGGGGCUUAUCUGUGGCACCAUCUUUAAAGAAUUAAAGAAAGAUGCGUAUUACUGAGUUACUUAACAAUCAAAUAUAACAUUCAGGCUCUAGUCAGCCCCAGAAUUAAAGGGCAACUUUGUUCCUAUGAAGCAGUAGUAGCCAGUUCUAGUGAUAUAAUGGUGUUUUUCCUUUUUACUUUCUGUUAGAUUAUCAUACAGUCCAUGAAAUAAAGAUUUCAUAGUCCUAGGUUAAUGAGGCACUGCUUCAUGAUUUUUUACAGUUGCUUGAUGUAAAUAAGUAAAUCUGAAGUCAGGAAGACCUAAAUACUAGAUUAAGAAGCUGUGAUAAGAGAUAAUAGGGAGUGUCCUUGAGAGGCAGGUUGGGAAAGCCUUGCUGUCAUGACAGACAGCUAGGCAUAAGGUCCAACGGAGGGAAUUCUGUACUGUUGGGAUUCUUUGGCUGAAAAUAGAAGGGAGUGGGUCAGUGGGUCUAUCUCUAAGCACUUGUUCUUUGACAAAAGCAGUGAUGAGAAGGGUGGCUUUGUUAAGACCCAAAGGGAUGACUAAGCCCUGGCCUCAGGCUAGAGCUGCCUGAGAGUAGAGCUAGAGUUUAGAUAUGGGUAUAUAGGUAGAAAUAGUGUAGAUAGGGGAAACCAGGUAGAAAGUCUGAUAAUUACAUUUAAUAAAUUGAAAAGGGUAUAUACAGUAUAGUAUUAGAAAAUCGUUGUCAUAACCUUUAUUUUCUAAACUGAAAGUCUCUGAUUUUUGCCAAAACACCACUUUUUUAUUAGGGCCAAUUGUAAUUAGAAUAUUUAAAUUUGAGAGUAAAGCUUUUUAUCUUUUGCUCCUAUUCAAAAAUAAAAUAAAAACUCAAUUAUUCUUAAUUUAUCAUUGAGCUCUUGUUCUUAAAAAUCUGCAAACCAGUAUUUCAGAAACAUUUAAAAGCCCUUGGUAUUUAGAAAUGAUAAUUGAUUUUACUUUUUUGUACAUAAUGUGUG